AUGAUGGUUUACAACAGUAGCUUCAGGUUUUCUGUGUCGCGGAUAUUACCUUCAGUGAGAACUGUCCACACAGCACCAUUAAAAGCCGCUAAUGUCAAAAUUACUGGCAUCAAGACUCCAUCGCAGCCAAAACCAAACGAACAGUUAGUCUUUGGUAAAACGUUCACCGAUCAUAUGCUAACCGUUGAAUGGACGAAGGCCAGCGGUUGGGGAAUUCCUGAGAUAAAACCAUACGGAAACUUAUCACUAGACCCAUCUGCUUGUGUUUUCCACUAUGGUUUCGAGCUAUUUGAAGGUUUAAAAGCUUACAGAACUGAGGAUAACAAGAUUACCAUGUUCCGUCCAGAUAAAAACAUGGAACGUAUGAAUAAGUCUGCUGCAAGGAUCUGUUUACCUACUUUCGACUCAGAAGAACUGAUCAAAUUAAUGGGCAAAUUAAUACAACAAGAUAAGCACCUGGUACCUGAGGGAAAGGGAUACUCCUUGUAUAUUAGACCAACGCUGAUUGGUACUACAAACGCACUUGGUGUUUCCACCCCUGACAGAGCAUUGCUUUAUGUGAUCACUUCCCCAGUGGGUCCUUAUUAUAAGACUGGCUUCAAGGCAGUUGGAUUGGAAGCUACUGAUUACGCUACUAGAGCCUGGCCUGGCGGCUGUGGGGAUAAAAAACUAGGUGCAAACUAUGCUCCAUGUAUUUUACCACAAUUACAAGCUGCAGAGAGAGGUUACCAACAAAAUCUUUGGUUAUUUGGCCCUGAGAAAAAUAUUACAGAAGUGGGUACAAUGAAUGUCUUUUUUGCGUUUAAGGACAGUAGUACUGGUAAAAAAGAGCUGGUUACAGCACCUCUAGAUGGUACUAUUCUCGAAGGUGUUACAAGGGAUUCUAUUUUGGCUUUGGCAAGGGAGAAAUUAGAUCCAAGCGAAUGGAAUAUUAAUGAGCGCUAUUAUUCUAUUAAUGAAGUUGAAGAGAGGGCAUCGAAAGGUGAGCUUUUAGAAGCUUUUGGAUCGGGUACAGCAGCUGUUGUCUCCCCAAUAAAGACUAUUGGUUGGACAGGAAACGAUAUAGAUGUCCCUCUAUUACCAGGUGAACAGAGUGGUCCUCUAACGAAAGAUAUCGCAAAGUGGAUUGCAGAUAUACAAUAUGGUAGGGUCAGCCAUGGUAACUGGUCAAGGAUUGUUGCUGAUCUAAAUACUGACGCUAUAUAG